GCAUGCAUUUGCUGGGGGACCAAACGUCAAUUGCCUAUUUACAGAUUCAUUACUUUCAGCCUCCUUCAACAUCCGCCAACCUGCAAUUCUCACAACCCGUCGCAACCUGCCAAGAUGACCACCGCCCAUCGUCCCACAUUUGACCCGGCCCGAGGCAAAGAAGCCCUCCGCGGCCCGGCCUACCACCAACGCCUCCUCCCAGCGCACACCCAACUCAAGUUCCGCCAAGCAGGCCAGGGUGGCAACGCGGACGAAGAAUCCCACGACCUCAGAGCCGAGCUCCUCGCCGCCGAGGCCGCCCACUUCGCCAAGAAGAACGGCGGCGCGCCUCCCCCGUCCGCAGACGACGAUGCCGACGCGCCCUCGGGCGGCGUAAAGCGUGCCCUCGAGGCCGGUUCGCAAGCAGACGCAGAAGAGGACCUUGAAGCGAAACGGAGGAGGAUAUUAGAAGAGUCGCGGGACGUUGACGCAUCGUCAGACGAGGAAGGGGACGAAGAAGACGAUGACGACGACGAUGAUAGUGACGAGGACAGCGACGACGAGGAGGCGGAGCUGCAGCGUGAGAUGGAGAAGAUUCGGCGCGAGAGGGCGGAGAAGAGGGAGAAAGAAGAGAGGGAAAGGGCUAAGAUCGAGGAGGAGGCGCGGGAGAGGGACAUUGCGCUGGGUAACCCGCUGUUGAAUAAGCCUGAUUUCAACAUGAAGAGGCGGUGGGACGACGAUGUCGUUUUCAAGAACCAGGCGAGGGGAACGGAGGAGAAGGGCAAAGGCAAGGAGUUUGUUAACGACCUCCUGCGCUCUGACUUCCACAAGCGGUUUAUGAGCAAGUAUGUUAGAUAGAUACCCAUCGCCGAUUAUGGUGGCAAAUGCGAAUCUUUUUUCUACUCUUUCGAUUGAUGAGAUCGGCUACGAGACGAUGCUUGAAACGCUUGGCGUCGCCCACUGAGUCCAUCUUUGGCCUCAGUAUGGCCUCAGUAUGGACUGGACGCGACAGAGGUUGCUCAUUUCUAAGCGUCCAGCCGAGGAAUUCUGGGUCUCCUCGUCAUGUAUGUCACACGGAAUCAACCACCGAAGACAAUGGCAACAUUUUCACUUCAAAGGCCAACGUUGUCGAUUAUCUAUUCUGACAGCCAAGCCUAGGCGCACUACAGCCUUUGCUAACGGUGGCUCGAAGCUGCCUUCUGUGCAUAUCCCGAGAUUAUGUGUUCU